CUGUAAAGUAAGUGGAAAACAGAAUAAAAUAAUUUUCAUCUGUAAUGGGAAUCUGCUCAUCAGUUGCAUCCCUGAGUAUUCAUGAUGCUGAGUGUGGCCAUGAAAAUGCUAUAUUCAUCCAAGGAAAUAAUGUUUCUAAUGGUCUUGGUUCUCUUUACUCUAGGCAAGGUAGCAAAGGACUAAACCAAGAUGCAGCUAUUCUUUACCAGGGCUAUGGAGUGGAAGAUGGAGCUCUGUGUGGUGUUUUUGAUGGGCAUGGGAAGAAUGGUCAAGUAGUGAGCGAGCUUGUAUGUAACCAUCUGCCUUCACUCUUACUUAGCCAAAAGAAUGCUCUCUCAAAGGUUAAUUUUUAUAUGUGGAAAGAGGCUUGUGUCAGUGCCUUCAAGUUGAUGGACAAGGUUAUAGAGCUUCAAGUGAUUUUGGACAGCUCUUGUAGUGGAACCACUGCUGUUGUUGCCAUAAGACAGGGCCAAGAUCUUGUUAUAGCUAACCUUGGGGACUCAAGGGCUGUUUUAGGGACACUUACCAAGAAUGGGGUCGAGGCUGUUCAGUUAACCAGAGACUUAAAGCCAGGCUUGCCUUCUGAAGCAGAAAGAAUAAGGAACUGCAAUGGCCGGGUGGCUGCACUAAACCAUGAACCGCACAUUCAACGGGUAUGGCUGCCCCAUGAUGACACUCCAGGCCUUGCCAUGUCACGAGCUUUCGGAGACUUCAUUCUCAAAGACCAUGGCAUCAUUGCCAUCCCGGAUAUCAAGUAUCACCGCCUAACUCCCGACGACCAAUUCAUCAUUCUUGCAACUGAUGGGGUUUGGGAUGUUCUAAGUAAUGAUCAAGUUGCAUCCAUUGUGUGGGAAGCAGAGAGUGAACAAGAAGCAGCAAGACUGGUGGUGGAGGCAGCUACCACUGCAUGGAAAAAUAAGUCUCCUACUGCAAAAGUAGAUGACUGCAGUGUGGUUUGCCUCUUUUUGCAAAAGAAACAUCAUGUUGUGGCAGUGGACACUUGAACUAUAAACAUUUUCUUGAUGAAAUUUAGAGUUAUUCUGUUUGACACUUGAGUAUUUUUUAAGAUUUGGAAGCCACAAAUCCAUGUAAACACUGGUUAAACAGCAAGUCCAGUGGAAGAUAUAUACCU